AUGAUUUUCGAGCCGGCCGAACGGGUGCUACUCCCCACCAAGGACCUUUUGUCUUACAUAUUUGACGCACCUCCAUAUGACCAGGACAAGCCGAUCUAUAUUGACGCCCAGAACCCUUCGCGUUCGAUUUCAUGCAACGAAGCUCGUAAACUGAUCCGUCGUCUCGUUGCUGGCCUCAGAGCUGCUGGCCUGCGCAAGGGCGAGUGCGUGCUUAUUCAUUCGUUCAAUGAUAUCAACUAUAGCAUCCUCGUGCUCGCCAUCAUCGGAGCUGGUGGGAUUUUCACGGGAUCAAACCCGGCCUACACCCCACACGAGCUAGCUCAUCAUAUCAAAGCCUCAGAGAGUAAAUUCCUGAUCUCCGAGCCGGAGAUACUUGACUCCCUUCUCCGUGCGGCUGCAGAAACAGGCAUUCCUGACCGUCAUGUUUGGGUUUUUGACAACCACAACCAGCGAAUUCCUUCCAAAAGACAGUCCUGGAAGGAGCUUUUGAGUUCUGGUGAAGAGGACUGGGUUAGAUUUGAUGAUCUAGACACUGCCAAAUCCACCACGGCCGCGAGGCUUUUUAGUAGUGGAACAACUGGCCUUCCUAAGGCUGUUAAAAUCACGCACUACAAUUUGAUUGCCCAGCAUGAGCUCGUGCUCGGGGUGAACACUCGCCCAUAUCCUAUUUCGCGUAUCAUUGCUGUCCCCGUUUUUCACGCUUCAGCUGCUCCUGUCACCCAUAUAUCCACAUUGAAGGAGGGAAACACGGCCUAUAUGAUGCGAAGAUUUGAUCUUCAAGGGUUUUUGUCCGCAGUGGAGAAGUUCGAUGUCACCGAUCUCGCCAUGAAACGCCCGUUCCUUCGCAAGGUUCGCGCUGCGGCUUGUGGAGCGGCGCCUUUGGAUAAGGAUGUUCAGGCCAGGUUCCGCUCAAUGAUGAGUGAGAACAGCCCCUUUACCCAAGUAUGGGGAAUGACAGAAACAUCCUGCAUAGCAACCAUGUUCCCGUUCCCGGAACAUGAUAAUACUGGGUCUGUGGGGCGUCUCAUACCCAACUUGGAGGCCAAACUCGUAGAUGAUGAUGGCAAUAAUAUCUCCGCCUAUGAUGUACGCGGAGAACUGUGUGUCCGAGGACCGACAGUAACUCUAGGAUACCACAAGAACCCAGAGGCCAAUGCCCAAAGCUUCGAUUCAGACGGAUGGUUCAAGACUGGGGACAUUGCCUACUGUGACAAGAAUACACGGAAAUGGUAUAUUGUUGAUCGGAAGAAAGAGCUCAUCAAGGUCCGGGGGUUUCAGGUAGCUCCGCCAGAACUUGAAGCCGUCCUACUCUCACACCCAGAGAUAAUUGACGCAGCAGUGGUUGGUCUCACAGUACCGGGCGCCAACACUGAGUUUCCACGUGCAUAUGUAGUCCGACGGCCGAACAAAGAUGGCACUGAACUUACCGAGGAGGCAAUCAAGGCAUAUGUACUGCAGCGUCUCGCCCGAUAUAAGGCGCUUACCGGCGGAGUGAAAUUUGUCGGUUCCAUUGCCAGAAACCCUAGCGGUAAGAUCCUGAAGCGAGUCUUGAGGGAAGAUGCAAAGAAGGAAAUUGAGUCUGGGGCCAUUAAGCCUCACCUUUGA